AUGGAAGGACGUCAAAUGGGUCUGUUUUUCCGUAAAGGAUGGUUUACAAAGAGAAUAUUUAGCACGGUUCUACUGUUCGUAGUGGCCGACGCCUUUGUCAAAUAUGAAUAUGGAAUAAAGGUUAAACCAGACUUUAAUUCGACCAAAUGGGAAUGGUGGCAUGAAAAACUCAACAGGGAAAGGGCUCUGAGGCGCUGA